AUGGGGAUUCUAGAAGAGCUUCGAUGGACCGCCAUGAAACUAGUGAACGUCGGAAAAUUUUCUGUCGACUCCGCCAUUAAUGAGUCUUUUAAAGGUGGAAAGCAAGUCUAUGCAAAUGUGAAGGAAAAGUUAAAGGGUCUACCCAUUUCACCCCAUUCUGAUGGGAAUAAAAAGCAAAAUUAUGUGGCAGUGGAAGAGAUGCAAGCUACACUAGAGAAAAUGCAAGAAGAUGUUACUAACAUAAAGCGUUCUGAUGGGAAUAAGAAGCAAAAUUAUGUAGCGGUGGAGGAUGAGCAAGCAACACUAGGGAAAAUGCAAGAAGACGAGAAUAACAUAAAGCAGCAAAAUGACAUAAUCCACAGAACAAAACAAUUGGAACAUGUGAAACAGUUCCCUGACGACCCUCUCAAGAGUUCAAUCCAUGAGAUAACUGGUCGGAAAAAGAUUUUCAUUCGUUCCCGUCUGUAA